GACUCGGCUGUCUUUUGAGAGCUGACAUGUUGCAGGUCAGAGAUGGAUAGGCAGACAGAUGAAUUGGUAUCGCUUCAUCUAUCACAACAUCGCACGCGAUGUCCAUGAUGGCUGCUGCGGCGCGGACGAAGUUACGAAUGAGCGAAGAUCAUAACCUUAAGAUGCAUUAACGUGGUGAGAUCACCGGAAUGCUUACUGUUUACGCACUUCGGAGACACCGCGUUCCUGAGAGAUGGGUGUUUCAGGAAGUCGCAUCUCAAUCUGUUGGCGAGGCUGUGUAAGUCAUGCCUUCCCUUCUGUUCGUGUCGGCCUGUGCCCUUUGACCUUUCCUUUCCGUCAUCAACAACAAAAUGCUCCUGGGCGAGAAGAAGAAGAAGCUAUCGGGCUUCUUGCUGGCGCUUCUACCCAGUUUCGUACAUCAUCUCGUCGUCGAUGUUCCUCACAAACCGACUCGUGUUUCUCCUACAGCAUGGCUAGAUGGAGCCCGCGGCUGGGCCGCCUUCUGCGUCUUCCUUAGACACUUCGAGUUCACAUACCACCGAGCUGGAGCGCGAUCAUACGGCACCGUCAAGGACCCGAAAUUCCCAAACGAGAACCGUCACUUACUGCAACUACCGAUCCUGCGGCUGCUUUACAGCGGAGAGGCCAUGGUUGCCAUCUUCUUCGUCAUCUCAGGCUACGCAUUGUCACUCAAGGCAUUGAAGCUAAUCAGAAAGUCUUCUCACGAUCAAUUGAUGCGAACCCUUACGUCCUCGAUCCUUAGACGCCCUUUCCGCUUAUACCUCCCUUGCCUUGUAUCGACUCUUAUCGUCUUCGUCGCCCUUCGCAUCGGCAUCUACGAUGGCCCGAACGCUAUUGCCGGCCCAGAAGAUACCUUCAGAAAGAUAUUUCUCGGAUGGGCCCAUGAUCCACAGCCCCGGAUAUUGCCCACCUUCUGGGAGCAAGCAAGAGACUGGACACAUGAGAAUCUGCGCCUGUUUGAUAUCUUCACCCACAAGCAUUGGCCCGAGAGCAGAUACGACGUACACUUGUGGACCAUUCCUCAGGAGUUCAGAUGCUCCAUGGUCCUGUUCCUGACAAUCGCUGGUCUGGCCUUGGUUCGCACGAGAGUCAGGAUCAUCACUUUGGCGCUUUUGGUCGCUUGCUCCUUCCAAGCUGAUGCCUGGGAGUUGAGUGCUUUCUGGAGUGGUGCUCUGAUCGCAGAAGCCAAUCUCAUUCGCCAAGAACAGAAAGACAAUCGUGUAAAGGUGGAUCCCUUUUCAGACGAGGAAGAAGAACCAAGGACCCAGUGGAGUACUGCCUUGACAUACUGUGGCUUUGUCCUGAGUCUUUUCUUGUUGUCCUACCCUUUUCAGGAAGCAGAGUUCGCUCCUGGUUACUCCACUUUGUCAAAGCUCAUUCCGUCAGGCUUGCGUAAGGAAGAACGCUACCGAUUCUGGCACUGCAUUGGAGCAAUGCUCAUGAUCUACACCACCAGUCUCGAUGGUCUGCUCCAGACUUUCUUCAAUAAUUCGCUCAGCCGUUAUCUGGGGAAUAUCUCCUUCGCGCUGUAUCUCAUGCACGGUUUCACACUGAAGACCAUCGGCUACGUCUCUGUGUACAACUUCUGGAAGAUUACAGGCAAAGAGACACUCUUCCAAUAUGAGUCUGGCUUUGUGCUAGGUGGAUGUGUGGUGAUCCCACUGACGAUUUGGGCAGCCGAUCUGUUCUGGAGGGGCGUAGAUGUUCCGAUUGUGAAGUUCACGAGAUGGUUCGAGCAGUCACUUCUCCCUUAUGCAGAUGAAAACAGCGACCCGCUCUUGAUCGAGAAGUCGCCUAGAGAGCAUCAGCCUUGAUUCCUUUUGCAUUUUCUUCUUCGUACGAAAGCGUGGCGGGACACGGAGUUUAUCACUACACGAGAUUAGAUUUAGAACAAUUUCCUUUUAUGACACCGCAUGAACUCUGGACACGGCAGACCAACUUUUGUAUACACAUUUAGACGUCUCAGUAUUAGAGAUGAUGAUUCACCAUCACAAUCUCAUCAUCAUUGAUCGCGUCUGAGCUGUGGCUGUCGAGGCUACUGGAUGUGCUAAACAUAAGGGUAUCUCCAACAAGACACGACGAAAGUUGCUAUUACAUUGUUUAAAAUUCGUGAAA